AGGCGGCGAUAUAUCGGCCAACUUUCGGCCAACUUUCGGCAAAGGUUUCACCCCGGUCUUUAUUUUACUACGUAACAUUUGUCACGAGUUAUAUUGACUUCAACAGUUUAUGUAACUGCUUGUCCAUUAUUGUGCAUAAUCUCUCUCUCUACCUCUCUCUCUCUGUGGAAGCGUUCAUUUAAUACCUUUAUUGGCAGGACGAUCUAACAUGUCUGGUAAGACAAAUAAUGGUAAAAGGAAAUCUUCAGAAAGUCAUUCCACUAGUAAGAAAACAAUUUUCCAACUAGAAACACGACCAACCCCUAGUACCAGUAGUAGUACAGAUACUGGAUCAGCUUUAGUUUCACAAACAGAAACUUUACAUGGUAAUACCAGAACAGUUGAAUACCAAGAGAGUCCACCCCAUGCUAAGAGGAGAAAAGUUAUAGCUAGAAGAGAGAAAGGAAAGAUGCCACCUGAAGAUGAAUUUAGGAUAAGAUCUAACUACGUGUAUUUAACAGAGAAUCUGAAUCCUCUACACCCAUUAUUAGACAGCUUAAUUGAAAUGUAUGUCCUAAAUGAAGAUGACUUGGAAAAAAUCAGUAGAGCGGAAUCUAGCGGUGGUACAAAACAAAUGAUUCGUCAAUUUCUAGAUAUUCUUCAAACUUGUGGUAGACAUGCAUAUCCAAAAUUUAUUGAUUGUUUAUAUAUAUCAGGAUAUGGAGCAGUAGCCGAACAAUUAUCAUCGGAUGUUGAUAUGGGUGGAAUAGUUAAAAGGGAAGUGAAACAAUUACAGGCAGAGAAAAAAUAUUUACAGUUACAGAAAAAACUUCAACAAAUAAAACGGGAGAGUGAACAGGCGCUUCACAUAUCUUCCACAGAGAACCGGCGGAUAAAAACGACGUUGAACUCAUGGAGGAUAGCUUUAAAAACAAAAACCAAUAUCUUGGUUCGAUUCAAGUCCGAGAUGAGAACAAAAACGAAGCUACUGGACCGACUAAAAGAGGAAAGGGAGACAAGAAAUGAAGAUCUACAAAUGACGAAAGUGAGAAACAGUAUUUUGUGCGAUGAGCUGGACCGAAUUUAUGAACAAAAUGUUAUAAUAGACAGAAUUAAAGAGGAAUUUGAAGAUGAUGAUAAUGGACAAGAUGUAGGAAUAAAUGAAUCCGAUUAUUCGUCAGUUGAUAUUCAAGCAACAGAUGGGAAACUACUGGGAAAACAAGAACCUCUAGAUGUACAUCAGACUGAUGAUAACGACUGUAGUCUACCAACAGAUGAUAAACUACUGGUAAAACAAGAACCUCUAGAUGUACAUCAGACUGAUGAUAUAGAUUGUAGUCUACCAACAGAUGAUAAACCAGUUGAUAAACGGUUGAUAAAACAGGAAUUUUGGAAUAUAGAUGGGAUUGGUGAUAUGGACUGUAGUAUACCGAUAUAUGAUCCACAGCUAAUUAAACCAAAUUCACCGGAUAGAUUAGUAGACGACAUUUUAAAAGAUGUAGAAAUAAAUGAAUCCAAUUAUUCGUCAGUUGAUAUUCAAGCAAGGGAUGGGAAACUGCUGAUAAAACAAGAACCUCUAGAUGUACACCAGACUGAUGAUAUAGACUGUAGUCUACCAACAGAUGAUAAACUACUGGUAAAACAAGAACCUCUAGAUGUACAUCAGACUGAUGAUAUAGACUGCAGUCUACCAACAGAUGAUAAACCAGUUGAUAAACGGCUGAUAGAACAGGAAUUUUGGAAUAUAGAUGAGGCUGAUGAUAGCGACUGUAGUCUAUCAACAGAUGAUAAACCAGUUGAUAAACGGCUGAUAGAACAGGAACUUUGGAAUAUAGAUGAGACUGAUGAUAGCGACUGUAGUAUACCGAUAAAUGAUCCACGGCUAAUUAAACCAAAUUCACCGGAUAUAUUAGUAGACGGCAUUUUAAAAGACAAAGUUGUUGAACAUACUGGCUUGUUUAUCAAAAAAGAACCACAAGAGAUAAAUGAGACUUGUGGCGUAAUGCAACCAACUGUUCUGUCUUCUACUACAAGACCAGAUAUAGAUCAGACUCAUGGUAUAUCCCAGCCAGCUGUUGAUCAACAAGAUAUUACAACUUUAUUGACACCAGGUCACCACUCACCAAAUCUAGAGUCUUGUCUACAAUUCAUUUCCCAACAUCAGGAUCUAGAGUCUGGUCAACCAUCAACAUCACGGUGUCUAGAUUCUAGUCAUAUUAAUCAACGUAAAGAUGAUACAACACCAGUUAAAACAUCACCUGUUUACGAUGAUGAUAAAGUUGUUAGACCAGUAGAUAAAGAUACAUUACAUACUGUUUGUGAACAUGGUACAUUAGAAGAAUUAAAAUCUAUUUUAUCAGAUAAAACAAUUGAUAUAAAUAAUACAGGUAUAUUCAAUAGGCCAACCAUGUUUUAUUGUAUUAAAUCGGAUAUCCAACCUAUAGAGAAACUAGAAUUAUUGAUAUCAUAUGGUGCUAAACUUGAUGUUAGGGGAUGGGGUAGUAAUAGUUUAUUGCAUGAGGCGUGUAGGGUUGGGUGUGUAGAAACUGUUAAAUGGUUGUUAAAUACAGGUAGGGUAGAUAUAGAAAGUAUGAAUAAUGAUGAUGAAACACCAAUAUUUAAAGCUAUAGGUUCCGAUAAACAACCUGUUGAGAAACUAGAAUUAUUGAUAUCAUAUGGUGCUAAACUUGAUGUUAGUUUAUUGCAUGAGGCGUGUAAGUAUGGAUGUGUAGAAACUGUUAAAUUGUUGUUAAAUACAGGUAGGAUAGAUAUAGAGAGUAAGGGUUGGUGUGAUAAUACUCCAAUACUUGUAGCUAUACGUUCACGUAGACAACCUGUAGAAAAACUAGAAUUAUUGAUAUCAUAUGGUGCUAAACUUGAUGUUAAAGAUGAGGAUAGUAAUAGUUUAUUACAUGUAGCGUGUGAGUAUGGAUGUGUAGAAACUGUUAAAUGGUUGUUAAAUACAAGUAGGGUAGAUGUAGAGAGUAUAAAUAAUGAUAAUGAAACCCCAAUAUUUACAGCUAUACGUUCCGAUAAACAACCUGUUGAGAAACUAGAGUUGUUGAUAUCAUAUGGUGCUAAACUUGAUGUUAAAUAUUGGGAUGGUGAUAGUUUAUUACAUAAAGCGUGUAAGUAUGAAUGUGUAGAAACUGUUAAAUGGUUGUUAAAUACAGGUAGGGUAGUAGAUAUAGAGUGUAGGGAUGUUUAUGGUGAAACCCCAAUACUUGUAGCUAUAGGUUCCAAUAAACAACCUGUUGAGAAACUAGAAUUAUUGAUAUCAUAUGGUGCUAAACUUGGUGUUAAAGAUAAUUAUCGUGAUAGUAUAUUACAUGUAGCGUGUAGGUAUGGAUGUGUAGAAACUGUUAAAUUGUUGUUAAAUACAGGUAGGAUAGAUAUAGAGAGUAAGAACAAUGGUGGUAGUACCCCAAUACUUGUAGCUAAAGAUUCAUAUAAACAACCUGUAGAAAAACUAGAAUUAUUGAUAUCAUAUGGUGCUAAACUUGAUGUUAGUUUAUUGCAUGAGGCGUGUAGGGUUGGGUGUGUAGAAACUGUUAAAUUGUUGUUAAAUACAGGUAGGGUAGAUAUAGAGAGUAAGAAUGGUGAUGAUAAAACCCCAAUACUUGUAGCUAUAUCUUCAUAUAAACAACCUAGUGAGAAGAUGAGAGUAUUGGCAAAUUGUGGUGCUAAUCUUGAUGUAAAAAGAUAUUCAGGUGAUAGUCUACUGCAUAUUGUAUGCAGAUGGCAUGAAGUAGAAGAUGUUGAAUUUUUGUUAAGUAAAAGUAUAGAUAUAGAGAUAAAAAACAAAGCAAAUGAAACUCCAAUAAUAUCGGCCCUGCGUUCAUCAAAACAUUCAGGUCAAAAGGUCGAAUUAUUAUUAGACAAGGGUGGUCAACUAGAUCAUUCCUCCAGUAUACUUCACUAUGCCUGUCAAUAUGGCAGUCUAGAUUGUGUUAAAUACUUUAUUCAUAAAGGUUUAGAUAUUGAAGGCAGGAAUGGUGAAAAUGAAAGUCCUUUAAUGUUAGCUAUUAGUUCAAAAAUCCAGUCAUUAGAAAAGGUCAAGAAGUUAGUAGAUGCAGGUGCUAAACUAGAUAAUAUACUUCACUAUGCCUGUCAAUAUGGUGGACUAGAUUGUGUAAAGUUUUUUAUAAACACAAAAAAAAUCGAUAUAGAAAGUAGGGAUGAUAAUAAUCGAACACCUCUAUUUGAUUGUGUUUUGACAAAACGAAGAAAUUGUAUAAAGAAAAUAGAAUUAUUGAUGUCUAUGAAUGUUAAUAAAAUGGUUAGAGAUAUAAAUAAUUUGAGUGUAUUACAAUUUGCUCGUCAACAUGCUAGAAAAUCAUGUGUACAAUAUCUUAUUAAAAAUGGUUUUACUGAUUAAUGAAUAGCUUAUAGAAAACCGUAAAUUAUAAAAUUAUGUUUGAAACUACAUCUAUUGGGUAGCAAGGUACAGCCAUUUGAAUGGGGUGUGGACGUAAAAGAUCCCUGGAGAGCUGCAAUUCGACAAAAGAGUAGGCUACUCUAUGACAUACACCCGUCUUCAUUAUUAGCCCAGUCGGGGCAGAAAAGUAGGACGUUAAACACCAUUUUAUUUAGUAAUAAUUCUAUGUACAUGUACAUACCAAUAAUAUCAUACUUUCAUAGGUAAAUCUUGUUUACGGUAAAUUAAAAACUAGUCUCGAACACCAUGACAUUUCAACCACAGUUAUAUUUUAAUAUUGUAAACCAUAUAUAGACAUUAACUUGUAUUAUAGACAUUGACCUGUAUUAUAGACAUUGACCUGUAUUAUAAACAUUGACCUGUAUUAUAGACAUUGACCUGUAUAUAUAAAUUUAUAUCACAGUUAUUAUUGGAUUAUAUCUGUAUAAAUAUUUAUCAUAUAUGAAUAAACUGAAGGUAAAUAAAACAAACUAUAUUU